ACAACGCGUUUAGUUGUCAGUUGUGAGCGGUCGCUUGCUAGGUGUUGUCUGCAGUACUUUGCAGACCAUCGCGAUUGUAGCUUAUCGCGUGUCAUUAAUAACCACCACCGAAUAAGAUUUACUAAAACUCAUAAAUAAAUUUUGCAAAAUGCCACGAAGCCAAGUUACCUGACAUAUAGUUUAUAUAAAAAAGACGCCGGUAUGGGCCGGUUCAGUCCAACCGAGAGAUAAAUCUCGGAGUUUUUAGUUUUUAUUAAAAUAUUCCGUGUAUCUGCGCAAAUGCAAGGAUCACGUAGAUUAGGAACAUGCGGGUUCUGUUCGAUGUUAUCCGGUCUCCUCCGGCGCGCGGUAUGCAUAGGAUCGCGUCGAGGCAGCAGCGAGUCCUUCUACCGCGAGCUGGGCAACCAAGACACAGUGAAAAUCGAAGAACGAUCGUCCGAUUUAUCUUCGAAUUCUUCAGACGACGCUGCCAACAUCAGCCCGGACUCGUACCGCAAUGGAGAAGGUGAGCCCGUUUCGAAAAAGUAUGGCCCAACGAGAGGGGAAAGAGCAGAAGAUCGGCACUCUGACAGGGAUAGCCCAGGAGCAGCAGCCUGUCCUUUGAGAGUAAAUAAAAAACGAAAAACGCAAAGCACAUCGGAAGAAGAACCAAUAUUAUGUCCGAAAACGGCUAUCGAAAUUUCAGAAGGAAGUACAGUACACCAAUCGCCACAGUUAUCUGACGACGCCGUUCUGGAAGGAGAUGAAGUCAAUCGGCAGGUGGCUUCUGUUGAGGGCAUGAAAACAGAAUGCAAACGAGAAACAGCACCUUGUACAAAAGAAAUUACAGGUGUCCGCUCGAAAGGAGAAACAGCUUCCACUACAGAAAUAGCAUCUGGAAUCUCAGCUAACUUAGAAAUUUGUAUUCCUUCGAAAUUCCACGCGGAUGGUGUUUUAGAAGAGGAAAAAUCUCCCACUCUGGUAGUGAAAACGAUUUGUAAUCCAAAGGAUGAAACAACUCUCUAUUCGAAAGUAGCUUCUAAGAGUGCAAUAAGUCUUCCAACGAAAGAGAUCACUGGUGGCUCUUUGAAAAGAGAAAAAACUGCUCCUCCAGAACCAGGGACUACAUCGAGUUCAAAGGGCGAUACAAUUUCUCCUCCAAAAAAAUCCACUGGAGCCAUUCCAAAGAGAGUGACCUCUAUCCCUCUAAAACCACCAAGAAUUUCUGCGCCAAAAAGCGAGUCAGCUCCCGCUACAGAAGAGGCCAUUAUAGCCACUGUGGAGGAAGAAACUGUUUUUACCGUUCAAAAAAGCACUGGAGCCAUCCCGAAGAAAGAACCAACAUUUCUUCCCCAAGCGGCAACAGUUCCAACUCCAAAGGGAAGACCAGAUCUCGUUUCGAAACUACCCACAGCUUCCGUUUCGAAAAGAGAAACAGGCAGUCACCAAAAAGUGAUUAAAACUUCCUCUUCAAAGGGAAAAUUAGCUUCUCCUCGGAAAUUGGUAACAGUCUCCACACCAAAGGAUGAAACAGAUAUACAUUCGGAAGUGGCCACAAUCUCCACAUAUGAGGAAGAAACGCUUCCGUCCCUUAAAAAACCUACGGGAGCCAUACCCAAGGAAGUAAAAUCAGCCUCUUUGAAAAAACCAACUGGAGCCAUUCCAAAGGGAGACACUGGGAUCAUCCGGAAGAGAGAAGCACCUCCACUUCCACCGAGAAGGGCUAUUUCUAAACCAACACCGGAAAUCCCCCCGAAACCCGCUGUCACAAUUCCGGAAGAGAAAGUUGGUCUUAUCCCGAAACACUCAGGAGCGAUACCGAGGAGAAAAACCACUCUUCCUCCUAAGACCGUGGAAGAGACGACAGCUACGGUUUCGGACUCAGCAACUGCAGCCUCUUCGAAAGAAACUACUAUCGAAAAAGAGGGAGAAGCUGCUGAGAAGACCGCAGCUGAUGAUACUCCGAAAAAAGACGCUAAGAAAACAACAACGUCCAAGCAAAAACGAGCGCCCGAUGACCCUAUUUUCGUCUAUAUCGGAUGCUGUUCGGACGUCGUUCUACUGGACCCAAAGAAGAGAGAAGAACACUUCAUGGGUUACUUGACGAUAAGAAAACGUCGGAGAAAAUCCCAAGAGCUGAGCUCUAUUCGCCGUGAACAGCUGCUUACGGAAUAUCUGUCUCGUAGCGUAUCCGACUACUUGCACCGUAACGCCGGCGAAUGGAAAUUUAACGCCUUCUAUUUCGACAAACUGGCCGGGGGACGUGGUCUCCCAGCCCUCUGUCUCCAUUUGUUCGAAGAACAUGGAUUGAUGGAGCACUUUAAUCUCGACAUUGUAAAAUGCUGGAAAUUAUUCACUCUCUUCGAGUCUGGAUAUCACAGCACCAAUCCCUAUCAUAACUCUAUUCACGCUACCGAUGUAACACAAGCGAUGCACUGCUUCCUGUUACAGGGUUCAAUCAGGGCGUUCAUUCGCCCGGUUGAAAUUAUAGCGUGCUUGCUAUCAGCAAUCGCGCACGAUAUUUUUCAUCCGGGUGUUAAUCAAGGCUUCCUGAUUGCAACCUGCAACCAUCUAGCAGACCUAUACAGGAUACUCGAAGGGACAUCAGAGAACUUUUCCGUAUUGGAAAGCCAUCAUUGGCGUGCCGCUCUUAGUUGCAUCAUCGAGAGCGGUCUCUUGGAAGAAAGACCAGAUCUCCAAGAAGAGUUGAAGAAACAUUUAAAAGUGUUAAUCAUGGCGACAGACAUCACACGCCAGCACGAUUAUUUAAGUCGUUUUAAGAAAUUAUUAGACACAAAUACGCUGGAUAUGAGAAUCCAGGAGCACCGAAUCCUGGUGCUUCAGAUCGCCUUGAAGUGCGCCGACAUUUCUAACCCGUGUCGGCCGUGGUCGGUCAGCCAGAAAUGGAGCGUCAAGGUUUGUGAGGAAUUCUUCCGUCAGGGAGACUACGAGAAGAUGCUCGAUCUACCUGUCACACAACUAUGCGACAGAGACUCAACGUCGAUCCCCAAAAUACAAACCGGCUUCUUUAAAUUUAUCGUCACUCCCCUUAUAACGGAGUGGAACCGAUUCUUGGACAGCAAGCUGUCGAGUGAAAUGCGAGCGAAUCUCAAUUACAACGAAGUGCAGUGGGAACUAUUGAUGACAGAAGAGGUGGGGAGAGAGACGAGGCUCACUAUAAACGAAAUGGAGCGAAGAGUCGAAACGCUGAAGCCGCUUUCGGACACUAGCUACAAAAUACAUUUGACAGUGUACCCGCGACGCGCUUCCGCUGAUCCCGCUGGAUCUGAUGCAGCGACCGUUCUAGAACAAAUGCAAAAGUCUCCAGUGACAGUCACUGAAGAAUCCGGUAGAGGUUUAACAGAAGAUGAUCGCCAAGCGAUAGCUCGUGCCCUCCCCGCUGACGGCAGUUCUGUAACGCAAAGAUCAGAGCUGUCAGACCAGGAUGCCACACCAACCACACCGGUAUUCCUAAAGUGCUCCCUGAAAGUCACGAAAGGCAAGCAGAAGGAAGCGAUCAGGUCUGACGACGACAUGCUGCCGUCGAGGGAAACGCAGUCCCAACGGCGAGGCUCCGCCCCGGCGCCGAUCUGCCCCACAGAACUGAGAGGCGGUCCGUCUCGUGCCCGCGACGCUGGCUCGCGGCGCCGCGCCAGCCCGGUCGGUACCUGCCAACAGUGGCUGGCCCGCGCCAUGCCACGACGUAGUUCCUUACCCGUUGAGGUAUAUCCUCUCGAUGAAGUGGGACCCUCAAAGUAAAUGUGAGGGUUCGAAGGAGCAGGGUGUCUGAAGCACGAGCCCCCCCGAAAACUUUGGAUGAUGUUUCCCUGAGAUUAAGUGUUCAAGAAAAAAAAAAAAAAAAACAUUUUAGUUUAGUGAGAUGGCAGUUAUUAAUCGUAUGUGUUGUCUCCGGGUUUUUUUGUUGUUGUUGUUGUGGUUUUCUAGUUUUACGGACUUCGCUGAUAUAAAUAGUUGGUGUUUAAUAUAUUAAUAUACCGUAUUGAUAUGAAACGAUCGUUCAGUGUGUGUCAGGCUUUAAAGUACGUAUUAAAUUUUUCGUAUUAAUUCAAUUCGUUAACUCGUUCAUAUUAUACAAAAUUAGCCACGAGUUGUUUAUGGUUAAGGUCGUUGCAAAUGCAGUGAGUAUAUAGUAUGUAUGUGUAUAUAUAGCGUCUGCGCAAAAUAUAUACGAAACUAUUUUGAAGUAAUUCUAUUUAUUAUAAUGUAAAUAAUAUACUUAAAAUGAUAUUUACAAAUAAUAAUAUAUAUUUGGGUGGUUAUAAUAUAUAUUUGGAUGGUUAUAAUAUAUAUUUGGCUUGGUUUACUGAAAAGCCGAAAAAAAGAAAAGGUGACUCAGUUCUCCCAACCGUGAAAAUUGAGCUCCCUAGUUACUUCACUUAAUAAAAUGGAUAAGUAUCUAAAAUAAUUGUACAUUGUAAAUAUAUGUAUCUAUAUUUGUACAUAUCUUAUAGGAUUAGUAUAAAAAUAAACAUGAUAUUUAUAUAAACCUAUUAGACCCAUAUAAACAUUUUUAUUGAUUAGUUGGCUGGCUUACGGCCCACUAGGUUUUAAGUGGUCACCGGAGCCAAUAGACGUCAAAAACGAAAAUGCCGCCGCCGAGCUCGAAAAAAGAGUUCUAAGUCUCAGUUAUACAGUAACAUCAGUUACCCCAUCUUUCAAACCGAAACGCAUUACUGCUUCACGGCAGAAAUAUGCAGGGUCGUGGUACCCACCCGUGCGGACUCACAAGACGUCCUCACCACCAGUGUAUUAGUUAUUAAAAAAAAAUCGAAUAAAUAAUUUGUUGCUUCUCAAAUUUAUUCACUUUAAAACCUGACAACAUUGGAAUUUAGAUAAAUGACAAUUGUACAUACUAUUGAUACAAAUGUAAUUAUCUUAUUGUAAACGCCUUAGUACAAUUUUUUUUUUUUUUUAUAUAAUAAUAUUGCCAUAACUUCUCAAACUUUUAUUCUUUAUUAGUUCUUAUUAUUUUCAAGGUACACAUUUUCAAAACCAAAUAUUAAUGAUUUUUAAAAAUGAAUUUAUCACUAAGUGGUUUUUUUUUAAAGGGAUAAGAGUCUCAUUUUAUUUGGAUUUGUUUUAAUUUGAUUAGAAGUGCAUACAUGUAAUGUUUUAAAUUUAUUUCAUCUAUGCGUAGUACGAAAAAGGAAUCUGACCUCCUGACCCAAAUUUUCGUCUCGAAUUCUGCUUUGGACGUGGGAGAAGUCACACCACUGGAAAUCGGCCGUCAACAUUAUGUGUCCGAAUUGGAGAACUCUCUGGGGCGGAGUCUCCAAGUAUUAUUCAACAUCAAACCAAAACGCAUUACUGCUUCACGGCAGAAAUAGGCAGGGUGGUGGCACCUACCCGCGCGGACUCACAAGAGGUCCCACCACCAGUAGAAUAACACUAGUAAAUAAGCAAAUAAAAAAAAUUGUGGGUUUUUUUUAUUAUAUUUUUUACAAAGUAUAGAUUAGGUAUUGCGUUCUGCUGUCGUCUCUGGGUCGGGGUUCCUAAAUAGCUACUACUUCUUUGACUCCAUACCAAAAAAGAGGUUUGGAUUGUCGACAUUCUCGUUCUCACUAAACGAUUGGGACGUCAGACUCUCCGGAGGAAUAGCGGCUCAUUAUGUUCCCUUAGAACGUAUGUUCAUUGGAAGUAACUUGAGGAGUUGUUGAAAAUCUCUUUUUUACCAUCGCACCGCCCGCCACCGGAGCAGAGCUCAUCUGUACUACUUAGAACCAUUGCGUUCAUCCGCAAUUCCUUUCUAUAAAAAUUUCAAAUGAGAUUCACGGAGAGUACAUAGCAGUCGACAACGACUUGUGCCCCAGGCAUUGCUGAUGUCCAUGGUCGACGGUAACCAAUCACCAUCGGGCCGUAUGUACGUCUGCCUAAAAAGGCAAUAAAUAAUAAUGUGUAUGAAAUUCAUUUGAACGUCAGGUAAGUGAUGUCUUCUUUUGGAAAUUGAUAAAAAAAAACAAAAGAAUUCAAAAUAUAAUUACGUAAAUCAGCGUUCCUUCGCUUGCGAUGGGUUAUGUGAACAUAUGACGGUAAUAUGAAGUUAAUCCAUACGUUGAAAAAUAUAUGGACGCCAUUGUUUAUAUUAUAUUUAUAUUUACUUGGAAUAACGAGAUAUUUUCACAUAAAAUUUCCACUUACUGUAUUUAACAUGAAAUUUACUGUUAAAAUCAAAAACAAAUAUAUAAAAAAAUAUUAUUAAAUUAAAAGAUUUUAAAGAAUUAACUUUAAUGUUAUAAUGAUUGUAAUAUACAAUUGUCGAGAAUAAAAAAAAAAAAAAACAUUAAAACUGCAAUUAAUUAUUAAUAAAGAUUAAUAUUUGAUUACUAGAUAGACAUCACUUGCCUUCGCGUUAUUGAAUAACUAGACACUUUAGCAACUGUCAUUGCCAACUUAUAAAUAUUAGGUUAAGAUAACGCUUUUCGGCAACAGAUUCUCAAGAAAACCUUAUGUCUGCACAAAUGGAUCUAGCCAGGGUUUGUUGUCUACAUUAGAUCUACAUAAAGACAUUUGUUGCCGGGUCUUUUGCUAUUUUAUUUAAAAAAAAAAAACAUUAGAUGUAAUUAACGAUAUUAUUUUUUGCUACGUUCAUGUGUAAUAUAUUAUUAUAUCGAAUCUUAGUUGAUAAUAUAUUGUAAUCGAAGUAUAUUUAAGAUCUCAUAAGGUGUAAAAUUUUUAGCCGUUUCUCUAAACACGUGAUCGUGUCGUUCCUUGGCAAUUAAGUGUUUUUUUUUUUUUUUUUGUAAAUUAUAAUAAGGUAACUCCCGUUUGUACAGUGCUGGCCACUUGGAUCCCACCAUUCGUUAACACUAACAAUAACUCUGUUACAAAUCGAGCCCUUCAAAUAAAAACGAUGUAAUUUUUAAUUGAAUAACAAAAGUGCACUUUAAGUUUUCUAUGUGAUAAUCAAAAUGCAGAUAGAUUUUAUACGCAGUCAUAUUUGUUUCAAAUGCGACCAACUCAGUUCACAAUGGCCGCGAUUCAUGUUAGGUUGUCAAUGGAAUUCUUAAUGGCUUAAAAUCAGUUCGGCCUUGAAUAAUUUAAUUUGCCCUAUAGUAACGUUAUUUGAUCGACCUAUACAUAUUAAAAAAAAUUAUAGGCUAAUCAGCAAGGUUUGUAAAUACGUCAUUCGAAUACAUAGCAUCGAUCGCGAUUAUGAAGCAAGAUGUCAAUAGAGACGAUUAUCAUAUUAAAUCUUAAUUUUGAUUGCAAAUCGCUCGCGACUUGUUUAACAGUCAUGCGUAGUAGUUGAAGUGAAUUUAAAUGUGUUCACAAGUGCCCUUGAUUGACGAUCUGUUAACAAUUUAAAAACUCGGAUGAUGCUUGAGUCGCUUGAAUGCAAGAAGCAUUUGGCUCGAUACAGACUGCUAUAACACGAAACUCACGUAUGUAGCCACGUAACGGAUCUAGUUCGGCAGAAAAGACCCAAUAGUUCAAAAUUACGUUUCAAAUAUAUUAAAUUGUUUGUGCAAGACAAAACUUAACUAAUUUUGCGUAGGUCGAAGUCCCAAUUGUAAUGUAAUUACAGCUUGCUGGUCUUUAAACUGGAAUAAAAGAAUGCUUACCGACAGAGAUGAGGAUGGUCGCAUCUAAUUCUCAAAAACCGUUACCUUAAUCGCCGCAUGCACGCUAAAAUUUCGAUCAUAGAAGUCGUUUGUGAAAUAAAAUAAAUGUUGUGCUCUGAAAUGUAUUUACCGUCGAAGCGUGGUACAUGCCUAAGGAAUCACGUUAUUUACUAAGUUACUAAACACGAAGAGACACAGCGGGAAUCUUGCUUAUUAGGCCACAGUAAAAUCAUAAUCGAAUUGAAUACUGUGUUGGUUUAGUGAAGGAUCAAGUCCUCUCUACCAAAUUACGUCCCAUUGUCAUGUAGUUAAGACGAAACUGCGUACGAUCGGGCGCGUGCUCAUUCUCGCACGUUUGUACGGGCAACUUAGGACGGUAAAAUGAUAUUGUUGACUGACAAGUGACGUCAGACGGACUGGUAGUGUUAGGUAAAAUUCCUUGUGUCAGAGACCAACUGGAAAAGCGAUCGAACGCAGUCGCGCUAAAGGCUGCGGAAAGGAUACGUUAUUUUAAAAAUGGAAAGAUUUUUCGAUGGCGGCAUUCGACGCGUUUUUAGACUCAUGAAAGUCUGAUGGUCGUCGCACUGAAAGUGCACUUUUAAACUUAACAGUAGCGUAGGGUUAGAGUCGUUAAUGUAUGCUCAAUGUUUGUCGUCUAUAAUAACGAUGUAUCUAUUUUGUAAUUCAGAUGACACUGUUUUUGUAAAGGCCGUGAGAGUUAGUGGUCUGUCUCUUCGGAGAAAAGAUUCCUCCUAGGGAUUUUAUUAAUAUUUCACACAAAAGUAGAAAGAUUGCCAUAACAUGGAUGGGCAUAUUUUAAUCAUUAGUUAAAUCAAAAAGGAAUCGUAUUCGGGAAUAUUGAGAUUUUGUUGUAUUUUUUUUUUCUGAUUUGUUAAUUGUAAAAUUCGAAAAAAAAUACACAGGUCACUCUCUCACGGCUUCGUUUCUCAAAACGAAGUCGAUUUCCUCGCUGCGUUUAUGAUUUUCGAAUUUCUCCUAGUAGGUAUUUAGUUAGACUGUUCAAUGCGAAACAGGGUGUGACAUUUUGAAAGACUUUACACGAUUCCGAGGAGGAUUUCGUUUGGUGUUUAGUUCUCGAACGCAGCGCGGAGCCGACGUAUAAAUGGAGUGUUGUUAAUUGAACGCUUUGUCAAAUGGUCCAUUUGCGAGGAAGAGACCUGAGUAUCGAAACGACGGCUUCUCCGGAAUGUUGGAACGUAUCAGGUACCUGUUGGUUUCCCUAUUUUAAUUCAUGAUAGGCGACAGCUAUAUCCGCAACUGUGAUGACUUUCCGCUUGUUAGGCUGCGCUAAAAUGACUUAUAUAAGUCAUAUGCGCAGUCCUUCAAGACCUCUUUUCAGGAAUAAAUGUAGAUAAAAUACAAUAAUAAAUUGCCCGUUAAUCUCUCUGACUAUGACUGCGUCACAAAUUUACUUUUUUUUUUGUUAGUAUAAGACUUAGGCAGAAUGCUUGGGGAGUACAAAAUGCUCUUAGCCGAAAAAUGUGUUCGUUAUAGAUAUAUGGUAAAAAACCGGGUCGAACGUGUCGGGUGUAACUGUAGCAGUACUAGACGCAAUGAGGUUACGGAUAUUGUUUUGGGGUGCACACAAUUUGUCACAAACAAAUUAAACUGACGCACUGGCUUAAAUUGUUUCGUGCGAUUUUAGAAAAUUGAAAAUUAAUUAAGCCAAAAGUAACUCUUACAAACAAUAUGAAGUCAGAUUGAUGUGUAGUUUUUUUUGCAUAAAUCGGUUUCCCUUGUGUUCUCUGUUUUCAAAGGUCUAAUAAUAUUUUUGUUUAAAUAAAUCUUAAUAUUUAUAAUGGUCACAUAUCUGUCUCAAACAUAACAGAAGUAGUCGUGUUGGUUUUUUUUUGUGUUUAUUAACAGAUAUUCAGUGGUCUUUAUGCAUAAAAUUUUGGGAUUUAUACCGCAUUUAGCAAAAUGCUUACUGCCUUACAUCAAAUUAAAAAUUAAUUUUUGGCUUUCACCCUCAGGAACGAUUACCCAUUAAAAUAGAGUCACAAAACCCCAAAAGACUGUGUUCGUAAUUCCCAGAAAAAAAACACACCAUAAAGUUACGAAAAUUUGUAUAUCGCUAAUGUUUUUGUAUUGCAAAAAAAUCAUCUGAUAAGUAUAUGUUACGGUCUCAAUGGAAAGCCGGACGUUGUUACGUGGGUUCGUCUAAUAAUAAUAUGUACUAAGUGAAAGGAUAAGCAUUUUUAGCGUUGGGAAUGAAUUUUGUCUCUCGUUUCGGCUUCUUGAUCGGUUUGGUUACACCCUGUAUAAUCCAUUUCGGCUCGUUGACGUGAAAAAAAAAAACGGUAUUCGAAACAUGUCUGUGAAUUUUUUUUAACUCCUACGCCUAGUCUAUCUUAUAGUUUAGUUCCAAUUAAUUUAUUCUUUUAAUGCAUAAUAAUAAUCUUCUAAUCGAAUAAUUUAACUUUUUUUUUGUAAUUAAGUAAGUUAUGUACCUUAAUUUAUUGGUUUGGGGGAUUUAUUUUUAUUCUCUUUGUGUUGUUAAUUUGAUUAUUGUUUAGUUGUUUCUAAUUGAGAGCCGUUUAAAGGCUUGGGAGCGCGUGAAAGUUUCGCAUUUCGGCAAAAAUUUUUGUAAAAUGUUUAACAAUAACGCAUUUCGAGGGCUUAAUUAAUAUUAAUUUUAAAUUAAAAUUUCGCAGUACAAUAUGAUUGUGGUACUUAAUUUUAAAUAAAGGUUGUUUUAAUAUU